GCAUUUUCAAUUUUAGGCAAUCAUGUUUUAGAAAGCAUUCCAUGUUAUAUGUUAUUUAAUCAAUUUCGUACUUAUUUCAAAACGUAAAAUCGGUUGUCAUUAUUGAAAAUUAAUGUCAUUUUAUUAUCCUAAAAUGACAAUGAAUGAAUUCAAAGCCAACUGGAAAAGUGAAUUUGUCUAAUAACGUAAAUAAAAUAAUAAUUUUCAAAUAAUACUACAAAAUUAAAUACAAGUGAUUACAAUGUGCAACUGUUAUAAGUUAUAACUUCAUGUAAUUUCAUAUGUUUAUAAUCUAGGAGUCGGUAACCUCAACGAAAUGGCAUCAACGCCCUUUCGUAGAUUGCUUCAUUGGGGACCAUUGUCGGUGUUUGGUAUAAUAAAACUAAUAACAUGGGCGAUGGUUCACCUACUGGGCAUGUGGUGGCCUCCACACUCAUCACUGGCAGCGGCCCUGCAUGCUGCACUGUUUCUGACACUGGCUGGCUCCACUUUAUACUUUUUCCUUCAGUCAUUACUUGAAGGGCCAGGUUUUGUUCCACUGGGUUGGAAACCGGAGAAUGAAGAGGACACAUAUUAUCUACAGUUCUGCACAGUUUGUAAUGGAUUCAAAGCACCGAGGUCACAUCACUGUCGGAAAUGUGGGUACUGUGUGAAGAAGAUGGACCACCACUGUCCAUGGAUCAACUGCUGUGUCGGCCACAACAACCACGGAUACUUCACUUUGUUCCUCAUAUCCGCUGUGCUCGGCUGCUUCCAUGCUUCUGUUGUGCUAACAAUCUGCAUGUACCACGCAAUAAACCGCGUGUGGUACAUGCACAACGGCACAGGUCGCGAGCCCAUGAUAUACCUCACCCUGACGACACUACUGCUGACCCUGCUCGCUAUAGGCAUGGCUGUGGGCGUCGUCUUAGCUGUAGGAGUACUUUUAUAUUUACAACUGCGAGGUAUAUUCCGUAAUCAGACGACGAUAGAAGACUGGAUAGUUGAGAAGGCGCAAGGUCGAAGAGAGGAGCAAGAUUUGCCAGAGUUUGUGUUCCCUUACAACUUGGGGUGGAAGAACAAUGUCCAGCUCAUACUGCAAGGGUCCAAGUGUGAUGGCAUCAAGUGGCCACUCAGGGAAGGCUGCGGGGAGUAUGAUCUUACGCGAGAGCAGCAAGCCCAGAAGCAAGACAAGUUGGUCCGGUCGCGGCUGUACCGCGCGGAGGCGCCGUACUCGGGGCGCUGGCUGCCGGCGGGCCGCCCGCGCGCCGCGCUGGCCGCGCCCUGCACCGACGAGCCGCGCCUGGCGCUGCGCCCCGGGGACGUCGUCAGGGCCACGCGACAGAGGAAGCACUGGUUAUUCGGCGAGAAGUUAGUGGGCGAGGGUGAGAACGGGCGCGGUCCACGCGGUUGGUUCCCGCGCGACGCGGUCACGCCCUGCGACUACCUCCAGAAACCCAAGCCAGACUAGCUGGGACACAAUGUCUGGACAGACAGACUGGUAUGACUUAUCUAUAGAUAUUAGACGAGGAUUAGUUAAUAAAUGGAGUGUGUUAAAUGCUAAAUGUAAAUGUGGUGUAUGUCGCGGAGAACCUAACGGGUAACCGGGGCUCCGGCUCGACGUGCAGGAGAAGGAACGGGGUGGUU